AUGGCUGCAACCAUUUCUAAGAAAUUACUACUUAGUGACCUUGUUUCAUCCGAUAAAAUCGACCGAGUCCCAUCGAACUACAUUCGCCCUCUCUCUCAACGUCCUAAUCUCCAAGAUGUUUUCCAUGGCGAUCAUUCAAUCCCUCUCGUUGAUCUUCACCAUUUACACACUCCAAAUCGCGCUCACGUGAUCAAACAAAUUGGUCUAGCCUGUCGCGAUUUUGGCUUCUUUCAAGUCAAAAACCAUGGAGUGCCCGAAUCCACUAUAGCCAACAUGAUUAACAUCGCUAGAGAAUUCUUCAAUUUACCAGAAGAAGAAAGACUCGAUUUUUAUUCAGACGACCCCACGAAAACCACAAGGCUAUCAACAAGCUUUAACAUUCGUACCGAAAAAGUUGCUAAUUGGAGAGAUUUUUUAAGACUUCAUUGCUACCCUCUUCAAGAUUACAUCCAUGAAUGGCCCACCAACCCGGAGGCAUUUCGUGACCACGUGGCAGAGUAUUGCCAGAGUGCAAGAGGGCUGGCACUACAACUGGUUGAGGCUAUUUCAGAAAGUUUAGGCCUUGAUAAAGACUAUAUAAGUAGACAAUUGGGGAGGCAUGCGCAACAUAUGGCAUUGAAUUACUACCCACCAUGCCCACAACCCGAUUUGACUUACGGGUUGCCCGGACACACUGAUCUUAACCUCAUCACCAUCCUGCUUCAAGAUCAGGUGCCUGGUCUGCAGGUCUUGAAAGAUGGUCAUUGGGUUGCAGUUAAUCCUGUUCCCAACACUUUCAUUAUCAAUAUUGGUGAUCAAAUUCAGGUUUUGAGCAAUGAUAGAUACAAGAGUGUCUUGCACCGAGCAGUGGUGAAUUGUGACAGAGAAAGAAUAUCAAUACCGACGUUUUACUGUCCGUCCCCUGAUGCAGUAAUAGGCCCUGCACCAGAACUAGUAACCGACGACGAGCCGUGUGUUUACAGAAAGUUUACAUAUGGAGAAUAUUAUGAUAAGUUUUGGAAGAGAGGGCUUGCAACUGAGAACUGCUUGGAUCUGUUCGUGGCAUCUUCAUUAACCUGAUUAUAUAUCUACCUUUGAUUGAUUAAAAAAAAAAGAGACAUUUUGGAUACUUUUGUUAGAUUUUGGACUUUUGAUAUUUGCUGAAUAAUGUAUCUUGACUUUUUUGUAGAAACAUUUGUAUGGGUCCAAAACUCGGCUUUUAUAAGUGCAAUGUUUUGGUUAAUUUUUAAGGAAAGACACCAAAAAUUACAUGUGCAAUCCAAAAGUAA